UCGUCAACAAACGUUUUGAGAAAUUAAUAUGUUUAAUGUAAAUAGGUAUUUUAACUUCCUUAAUAUCCAUAUAGGAUCUAAAUUUUUCUACACAAGUUAGAAAUAUAAAUUCAAAUAUGGCAGGAUACCUUAAAUGGAUAACAUUUUGUUACCUAUUUUCAGGAUUAUCAGUAAAAGCAUUAUCAAGCCAUGAAUGCAAUUUUUAUGAAAGUUAUUGUGACUGGGAAAAUGAGAACGACAGCUGGGAACUAAUAAAUGCCACCAACACUGAUUUAGAAAGAAAACUUCCAUCAGCUAGACCGGACAGUGAUGGAUUCUACAUUGCAUUAAAAAAUCAAACCAAAAGUGCUAAAUUCAGUAGCCCAGACAUAAGCAGCGGACGAGCAUGCAUAGGAUUAUGGUACUCUGUAUCAAAAACCGAUGACUACACUAUAAUUGUGUAUAUUUCUUCGAAAUCCCGUCAGAUAAAGAGAUUGCAAAACACAGGGGUAUAUAAGUGGAUGCACAUUUACAUCAAUAUUAAUCCAACGACAUUAUACAAAGUUGAAAUAGAAGGGAUUGUCAAAGGCAAUAAUGGGUAUGUAGCUGUUGAUGAUGUUCGUAUAACUACUGGAGCAACGUGUCCUGCAGAUUGUAACUUUGACAAUGGCCUGUGUGCGUGGGAGCAGGUAAACGGUGCAAACAAAUGGCAGAGACGUCAUGGUGGACCUAAAUUAGGGCCCUUGAAUGAUCAUACAGAUGGAGAUGGCUUUUACAUACUACACAGCACAAAUGGAACAAAGGCUCAGAUAUCGGUAGCACAGGAUGGGGUCGGUGAUAUUUGUUUGACACUGUGGUAUUAUAUGCAUGGUGAUAACACUAUAAAUAUCUACAUCAAAACUCAUGCUGAAACUGAACGACGUGUUAAUAUUAUACGCGGAGGACAGAGUGAUAAAUGGACGAAGAGUCAAACACAAUUUUUUCAAGAACAUGGUUAUGAGAUGAUAGUUGAAGGUGUAAUAAGGGAUGAUAAUACUGGAGACAUAGCCAUUGAUGAUAUAAGUGUAAAGCAAGGUGUUUGUACUAAAGAUGAAUCCCCGAUCUUGGUGUAUGUUCUUGUAUCACUUGUAAUUGUCGUAAUCAUAGUGAUUGGAGUUGUAGCAUUUAUUUUAUGGAGGAAAGCACAAACAAAGAAAAAAACGCCCCAGGAAACAAUUUGCCAUUCAGGUCAAUCCUUCAGCAACCAAACGUACAUAGGGCAUAACUCAGAGCUGAACAGUGAGCAGAAACCAGUUUCAUCCGACAGUGAUUAUGCAGUGAUAGCUGAUGGUAACAUUCAUCUUCAUACUGAUAAAGCUGAGUAUAAUGUCUUAAAUGCAAGGAGUAAAGACAAACAAGAACGCGAUUUCGGUUAUGAUCGUUUAAAACCAUCAACCGCUCCUUUUGUCGAUAAAUCUUACUCUCAUGUUACACAAAAUAAUGAAGAAAAUGUCAACCAGAAUUGUAGAAAAGAAUCAAUGGAGAACAAUAAGAAAACCGAACCUGCGGAACCAAAGUUUCCUUUUGAAAUUGAAGACGAUCUUGACAUUGACUACGACCAUGCUCAGUCUGGUACUUCAGACCCAAUGAAGCCGGACAACUAUUCGCAUUUGAUCAACGCAGUUGGAACCAAUCCUGAUGUACAUGAAAGAAUUGAUUAUCCUCAUACAGCGAUAGGCCAAAACAAAUCACAAAUAGCAGAGAACAAGUAUGAUGUAGAAGAAAGAAACGGCGAUAACCAUCAUGACUAUUUUAUUUUGAAAAAAGACUAAUGUAACUCAUACCUAAACAAUGUUUAUGUAACAAAAUAUAUAUGUGUAGUCUAACUGAACUAUUUAGUUUGAUGCCUUUUAUGGCGUUGAUAAAUACAUGUAAUAUACAUGUAAUUAAUGAUAUGUUUGAUUUAUCUAUAUAUUAUAUGUGUGCCUUGCAUCUUAUAUUUGAUAUAUAAAUAAUAACAUUGUAUCUAACUGUAUGAAUUUGAAUCGUAUGUACAUUGUAUUUAUAUACUAAUGUUUGAUAUAAUAAGCUUCUUCCCACCUAUUGUAAAUGUAUUGAGGUUCUAUAUACUCUUUAAUCUUCAUGAUUCGAUGAACAUCAAUUUAAGGACAUACGUAAACCAUAACAUUUGAAUAGCCGUCUGCAGUACUGUAUACAUAUGUUUGUUUUUUUUCUUUUUUUUUUUCUUCCUUUUUUUAUUUGUUGUUUUAACCAAUUUAAAGAAAUUAAGCCUAUAAUGUUUAUAUCUUUCCGUGUACUGUCAUGACAUAUAUAAAAAGUAUAUCCUCUAAUCAUUGCAAACAAAAUGUAAAAUAGAAUUUAAACUAAAAAGUGCUACUAGGAAUAAAAAUAGAGGGAGUUAUAUUAUUAGUUAUAAAGAUUGUUGACAGGUUAUAUGGCCCUAUAUAAACGGCUGUUUGUAAAUAUAACCCGAGCCGCUAGGCGAGGGUUAUAUUGCAAACAGGCGUUUAUAUACGGCCAUAUAACCUUUCAGCAAUCUUUAUAACGAAUUUAUAGUACAGCAAGCAUCAUUUUUUAGAGAAAAAAUUAAGAUUUAUUUAUGAAUCGACAACAGGCGUGUAUAUAAAAUUAUAUAAACGUCACAAUUAUCCAAUAAAAAGCGACGUUACAAAAGUGCAGUAUUAUAAAAAAUAUUCUUACAUGCAUCGCGCUAUUUCCUUUAUGAAACAGAAUGGAAAAUCGGGUGCAUUAUUACAAAAUGAACGGAAAAAAUGUUUAUAGACCAAAAAAAACUGAAAAACAACAAACAUGACGCCAUAAGUUAAAAAACGUCUCCGCUUAAUGAAUAUAUCGAUUAUAUAGAGGAUAUUUGUUUAGUUCAGUGUUAGAUCGGAAUAUAUUUCACCGAGUUAGCACCAAAAGGUAUAUUUCACGAGUGGCACAGCCACGAGUGAAAUAUGAACUUUUGGUGCUCACAAGGUGAAAUAUAUUUCGAUCUUACACUAAACUAAGCAAAUUUUCUUUUUAUUAUAUGCAAAGAAACGUUUUAAAAAGACAUUAAACCUAAUAGUGAAUGAAAAGUGCGCCAAAUAAUAAUACAACGUGACGUCACUUACGACGUCAUGUCAUUAAGUUGGUUCCCAGUACUGUGCACGCUGGUAUUUCACUGAAACAGGGUAAGGGGCUAAAACUGAAAACAGUGAAAUUAUCAAAUUGAUAAUUUUACUGUUUGAAAAGGUGAAAUUAUCAGUUUUAUAUCACUGAUAUAUUUCUAUAAACCACCGAAAAACCUGUAAUAAAUAUUUCUAUCUACAUGCAAGAAUGGACAUACUAUCACGUUACUUGUGUUUUUGCAAUACCCUUUUUAGUCGCAAAAGCGGACAGGGUAAUGUUUAGAUGAAUUUUUAAUCAUUAUAAAGUGUAUGCAGAAUCUAUCUUAGCCAAUUUUCUAGUGGAAAUUAUUGCCGUGGAAUUACUAAAAUUAUACAUAUUUUUGAGUGGAAGUUCGAUAUUAUUUUCGAAUUUUAAUCCGACAUUUUUGUGUUUUAAUUGUUAUGUAUGUGUUUCCUACCCAACUGAUAUAAUAAUAUUAUAUUGCAAGUAGAUUCUAUAUACAUGUUAAUAUAUAAACAGAAACAAUAAUUGAGCCGCGUCGUGACAAAACCAACAUGAUGGGUUUGCGACCAGCAUGGAUCCAGACCAGCCUGCGCAUCCGCGCAGUCUGAUCGGGAUCCAUUCUGUUCGCUUACAAACUCUAUUACAAGUAGAGCAACUGAGAGCGAACAGCAUGGAUCCUGAUCAGACUGCGCGGAUGCGCAUGCUUGUCUGGAUCCAUGCUGGUCGCAAACCCAUUAUGUUGGUUUUGUCAUGACACGGCUCAUAUGUAACUUCAGAAAGAUAAUAUCCAAAUGUGUUAAGUACGGAGAUUGAAUGCCUUCUUAGUUUGUACUUAGGUAUGUAGGAGAUAUAUACAUUAGUUUAUCUCAUAUGGCUAUACUAAAUAAAACUUCUAAGACUUUAAACUAUAUGUUUUUGUUUUAAUUUUACUGGAAGGAUUACCCAUUUCCUGAUUUUUAAGGCUUUUCAAAGAUUUCAAAUUCAUCGAUUAAGUACAAUACGUAUUAACGAGGCUUGUAACUUUAGCAACAUGAAAGGUCUCUGGCGGGUCCAACUGACAGCGGUUAAGGCAAGUGAUUUGAAGUUGUCGUCAAAAACUACGCUUUAAAUUAACUAAUAUCAUUAAACAAAGAAGAUGUUGUAAACCAAUUUAUUCAGCAUGUUUGUACUGUUUCAUGUAAAAUUUUCUGUUUCCUAAAAAAUUCUGAUAAAACUUCAUCUAUUUUACAGACACUGCUUUAUAUUUAAAAAUACUGCCAAUAUUAAAUCUCUAAAAAAUAAGACCCUUAAAAGCGGAGCUGAUGAACGUCUGACGUCAUCUUUUAUUAUUGUGUGUUCAUUUCCCCGCUCUUGCAUGAAAGUUGAAAGUUGCUCUCUUUUUUAGGGUUUUUCUGUUGUUAUUAUUUUAAUCUUGGGCUAUUCAUAUAGUAUUACCCCGAAUAAUAUGACGGUGUGUCGGGGAAUAUCGCAUCUCAUACAAUGGCUCACAAGUCAAUAGUCGUAUUAAAGAAAACACUUUAUAUUUACAUUACCUGCAACGAUGUCGUCUUUUUAUUGUAAUAAAAUGCAUGUAUAAUUGUUAAUGUAUAAGUGAAAAUAAAUUGUUUGAAUGACA